GUGUUGGUGAUGGAAUUGGCUACUGCUGAUCCGGAAUUAUUCGCCUUGUGUGAAGCGGAAAAGCGGCGGCAAGUACGCGGCUUAGAACUCAUAGCCUCCGAAAAUUUCGCAAGUCGUGCCGUUUUGGAAGCUCUCGGGUCCUGUUUUCACAACAAAUAUUCUGAAGGACAAGUUAAUGCCAGGUACUAUGGCGGGAAUGAAAUCGUCGAUGCCAUGGAAUCUCUUUGCCAAUCUCGUGCACUGAGUUUGUUCGGUCUGUGCGAAGAUGAAUGGGGUGUCAAUGUACAGCCGUACAGUGGAUCCCCGGCCAAUUUCGCCGUGUACACUGCCCUGGUUGGGCCACAUGGACGUAUCAUGGGUUUGGAUUUACCCGAUGGAGUUUUCCACCUGGAACAUGCCGGUGACAUCGCCUUGCUGGGUGACAAUACACAGGCUCACAUUUGUGGAUUAGUUGCGGCCGGACUACAUCCAUCCCCGUUUGAGUAUGCGGACAUUGUGACUACAACCACGCACAAAACGUUGCGUGGUCCACGUGGAGCUCUCAUAUUUUAUCGCAAAUUGACCAGGGCGCCGAUGAAAUUGAGCAACGGGGUUUCGGUUCAAGUGAGUAGUAUCAUUGCCAUACAGCCAAUGUUUUUUUGUUUCUUCUUCUCUGAAUCAGUACUGCCCGCUCAUUUGCUUUCUGUGUACACCUUUUCAACACAGCAGGAAUCUAGGCGCGAGUUUCGCUUUCCUUUGUUUCAUCUGCUCUACAUUCAUUCCCAACCCGACGAGUUCGACCAAUUUGUUUUAUUCACUUCACUAAUUUGA